AUGGAGUUUGGAAUGAAAUUUGUGUCGCUUAUGGUUGAGAUCAGUACCGGUCUUGACAGCGCAGCGACGUACGACAUCAUUAGAACGCAACGCAGUAUUGUGCACUCACUGAACAAGACGGUGGUGAUUGCACUACUACAGCCAUCUCCUGAGAUCUUUUCUCUCUUUGACAAUGUCAUGAUCUUGAACGCUGGUGAGCUCAUGUACCACGGACCAAGCAGCAAGGUAGAGGAAUAUUUUGAGUCGUUGGGAUUCAAAUGUCCGCCGGAGCGCGACGUUGCCGAUUACCUGCUGGACUUCGGCACCGUCAGCAGGGCCGCUACGAAAUUGAUCAUGUGUCAAUGGUACCACGUCUUCCGUCAGUCGGCGUUAUAUAAAGAAACUAUUGCGGCAUUGAAUGCCCCGUACAAGUUGGAACUACUAAAGACAGUGAAGGAGAAUGUGAAUCCAAUGCCUAAGUUCCAGCAGUCGUUUUUGGAGAGCACUGCGACGCUUUUCAAGCGUGAGAUCAUGAUCUCGUCUGCUUUUUGCACCAUCUACUACGAUUUUGACCCGACGGAGGUGUCCGUUGUGACAGGUGUCAUUUUCUCCAGUGUGAUGUUUUUGUCAACGGGUCAGUCGUCUCAGCUUCCAGUUUCAUGGCAAACCGCGACAUCUUUUACAAGCAGCGCGGGGCAAACUUUUACCGAAACGUCGUCUUAUGUACUCGCGAGUUCCGUCGGUGGGAUUCCGCUAUCCCUUGCGGAGACAGCCAUCUUUGGCACGCUGGUCUACUGGAUGUGCGGUUUUGCCGCCGAUGUUGGGUUGUUCCUUAUCUUUGAGCUCAUCUUAUUACUGUCGAAUCUUGCCAUGGGUAUGUGGUUCUUCUUCCUGUCAUCAGCGUGCUCGCACGAGAACAUUGCCACGCCAUUAUGCAUGAUGUCGAUUCUGAUCUUCAUCAUCUUCGCUGGCUUCAUCGUGACAACGGACAACAUUUCAGAUUACUUGAUUUGGGCGCACUGGAUCAGUCCAAUGAGCUGGAGACCCAAAGCGCUGGCGAUUAACCAGUACCGGUCAAGUAACUUUGACGUCUGCGUGCAAAGAGUGGGUUGCGUAUGGCAUCAUCUACCUUGCGACGUAUCCGAUAAAUCGACGGAAGAAGAUUCGUACGCACUGCUUGAAACGCCUAGAGCGGUUUCAAACCAGAAAUGCGUCGUAGAAGUCCAGCGUGACCCGCACGAGAAGAAGUUUGCGCCCGUUACGGUGGCGUUUCAAGAUUUACAUUACUACGUACCGGAUCCACAAAACCCGAAGCAAUCACUUGAAUUGCUGAAAGGCAUCAAUGGUUUUGCUGUCCCUGGAUCAAUUACUGCUUUAAUGAGCUCUUCGGGUGCUGGUAAGACAACGCUUAUGGAUGUGAUUGCUGGACGCAAGACUGGUGGCAAGAUCACGGGCAGGAUUCUCCUAAAUGGCUACCAGGCCAAUGGUCUUGCGAUCUGCCGUUGCACGGGGUACUGUGAGCAGAUGGACGUGCACUCGGAGGCGGCCACUUUUCGUGAAGCUCUCACUUUCAGCUCGUUCCUGCGUCAGGAUGCCUGGAUCUCAGAUGCGACGAAAUACGAAUCCGUGAACGAGUCCAUUGAGCUUCUCGGACUGGAAGACAUCGCUGACCAAAACAUUCGUGCCAAGUGUGCUUUUUUGGAUGAACCGACGAGUGGUUUGGAUGCGCGUUCUGCCGAGCUGAUUAUGGACGGUCUGCGUAAGGCUGCUGAUUCCGGUCGUACGAUUAUUUGUACGAUCCACCAACCGUCGUCAGAGGUAUUCUACCUGUUCGACAGUUUGCUUCUGCUCAAACGUGGUGGUGAGACGGUAUUUUAUGGAGAUCUGGGCACAAACUGCCGAAACUUGAUUGAUUACUUUGAGGAAAUUCCAGGUGUUCCACUACUGUCACAAAACUACAACCCUGCAACAUGGAUGUUGGAGUGCAUUGGAGCCGGUGUGAACAACGCGACUGAGGACGGGACAGACUUUGUAAGUUACUUCAAAAAGAGCUCGUACAGUCAACACCUGGAGGCUAGCAUGGCAAAAAAAGGAAUCACAAUUCCUUCACCAGGCCUGCCUGAGAUUGUGUUUAAGGAAAAGCGUGCUGCCUCUUCACAUACGCAAAUGAGAUUUGUGGUAAUCCGCUUCUUCCAGAUGUACUGGCGUACACCCAGUUAUACGCUUACUCGUUUGGUGAUGUCAUUGUUCUUAGCUUUGAUUUUCGGGAUCGUGUUCAUUAGCCCAGACUACGCUUCCUACGCGGGUUUGAGCUCAGGUGUUGUAUGUUUGGACGAUUCUUUAAGAAUAAGGAGGACGGUAGACACGGGCCCCCCUGGCCAUCAACGGGGCGGUCAGCAUGGCGACAUUGAGCCUCCUGCUGGUGGAGGCUUUUUUAAUCUUCCACCUCCAGUCUCAAAGCCUUACAGUGGUUCAACUGCUGCAGUAUCUAGUGUCUCUAGUACAUCAAUGGGUGGAGGAGGUGCUGCAGUAGGAGGGUUUUCACAUCCGCCAAUUUAUGGCAACUUUAGUGCGCCACCGGACAAUAGUUCAAUGAGUGCAAAAGCUUUUACAGGUGGAGGCAUGGACAUGUUUGGUGGCAUGUCAGUAAAGGCUCCUUCUGUCGCUGGUGGUGGUAGCAACAAUGGAAUGGGAAGGUAUCAGCCUCAGAUUCAACAACAACAGCAGCACUAUGGGGGUUAUGGUGGAGCUGGUCCACCAAUUACUGCUAUGCAGCUUUCAAAGGCGGGUGGCAAUUUGUUUAGUGGUCUAGAAGUCGCUGCGGGUGCUCCGGCGCCUGCGGUGAAUGAUGAUGGAGGUGGUUUGACGAAGCUGACGCACGGUAGCGAGCAGCGCAAAUCGUCUAGAAGCACAGGAUCGUUUAAUCAUCAACAUGUGGCAUCUUCAAAGAGUAUGAAUGCGUCGGUUGCGUCACAAUACUCCCGAACGAGCGCAGGUAGCAGUGCUGGCACGACAACGUUGCGAACGACCUCGAAAGCUGUGAAGAAGAAGAAAACAAAAACGUUUCGUCCGGGCUUUGGACGACAGCUCUCGGAUGAAUCGGCGGCAGCGCUGCAGCGCGGCGACUUGAAGGAAGAUGACAUCAUUCAUCAACGGGAAGGACGCCUCAUGUCAGACCGCUCAGAUAGUUUGCGGAGUUCACGCAGUGCAACAGGCCCCACUGAUUUGGCUCACUUGUUACCUCCGGUGAAGGCUGGGUCAGUUUUGCAAGGACUGACGGUUCAUAAGGGAAGCAAUACUUCUGGUGGGGGUGUUCUUGCUGGCCUUACUGUGCACAAGUCGGCCUCACCCUCUCGUUUGCCAAUAAAGGUUGCGGAAUCUGCUGAUACGGAAUUUGGUGGAAAUGGUGUGUUAUCGGGGCUGAGUAAUUACAGGACACCACCAAGUAGUGCUGAUGACGACGCACGGGAACCUGUGAAUGAUGCUUUGGCAGAAGAGCCUGCCCCCGAGGUGUGCAAAAAACCGUCUUCUCCGGUGCCAGCUGCGUCUCCUACUCCAGAGGAGCGUCUAUUUAGUACUUUGCGUGACUUUCACGAAAGUGCUGUUAGUUUCCGCCAGCUCACGGUAAAACAAAACGAGGAGGAGAACCGGUUAAUGGAACGCAAAGCGCAACUUGCACACCAAUUGACGCAGUACGAAUUGGAUCUGCGUGACGUUGAGGCUCAGCAGCACCACGCAUGCGAAGUCGAAGACUUUGAGAAAGCUGAUGCGCUGAACGCCAGUAUCAACAGCGUGCGGCAUUGUAUCACGCUAACUGAAAGCGAUGUUCGAAAAGUGGAUAGCGAUCUUGUGGCCUUUGUGAAGGCCAAGGAGAAAGCGUUUGCAAACCAGCUGAGAAGUACACGUGGCACUCUACGCGAGCUUGAAAAGUUUCGAGAAGACCAAGAAUUGGAGCGAACAGUUGCGCGCAACCAGUACAAGAUUUACGAGGCGAAUCAGACGGAACAACUGCAGUUUGAAGCUGAACGGAUUGAUACUGAAAUGCACCACGUAUCAGUGAGCUUGGAAAAUGUGAUUUCUGAGAAGUCGGAAAUUGAGGCGACCAUUGAGGGCCAGUGCAGACCUGAAUUUGCUGUUCAGGCUCAAUUGAUGGAGGAAAAGAAGGCUGUGGAAGAAGAGGUGCGUGAGCUGGAGCGUAAAUUAAAGGAAAAAUUGGAGCGGGUCCAAGAAAUCCAGUCGUCAAUUGAUACUGCUCAACGCGAUAUCGACACGGUUCGUAAACGUUAUUCUCGCCAGCUUAAGCGCAUCGCCGAACGCGAGGACGGUAUAAAAAAGACGAAGUCUGAAGUAGAAUCAGAUGGCAAGCAUCUUGAGCAACAGCGCGAGGAGUUUCAUGACAGACUGAAACAGUACACGGAAGACAUUUCAAUCAUUGGGAAGCGUAUCGGCGCUGUCAAAAAGGAAAUGCGUGCUGCGUCUUUGCUGGCAAACGUGUUAGAAGUGCAGGAGACCCGCCGCGAGCAGUCUUUGAUUCGUAAAAGACAACAAACAGCGGAGCUGAGUUCGCUCAACGAUGCCACUGCGGUUGCUGAGCAAAGCUUUACUAUGCUGAGCAAACAGCAUGAAGAGCUUGAGAAAUCUCUGUCGAUUCACCGGAAUGCUAUUGCAUCAGCAGAAGCAAUGAUUCCUCGUUUGGAGCAGGAAAAGAAGGCAGCUGCUGCGCAGCGUAAUUUUAAGGAAGCAGCUCGCAUCUCCAAGGAUAUUAAGGCACUGGAAAAGGAUCGCUUAACAGCCGAGGAAAACGUAGAAGUAGUGGACUUGGAGCUCCAAGAUUUAACGGAGCGUAUUGCGAAGCGUGAAGUGGAGUUUGAGGAAAAAAAGAAAGAGUUGAAGGAGAUGGAAAAACACCUGGAACUAGCAACUUUGCAAGAGUUGUGGAAAGAGGCAAAACAUUUGCGAACUGCAUUGCGGAAGAUUGAAAAAUGCAGGAGCGAGGGAAACGCUGCAAAUGGUGGCAUCGAUUUUCGAUCAUCUGCAAUACUUUUGGUCCAAGCCGAGUACGAUGCGUGCAUGGUUCAAGUUGAGGCACUUGAGAAGAAGUACGACGUAGCUUGUCCUGUUGACGACGAAGACGACAAGGAUGAUGACGAUGAUGAUGAAUCGAUUGACGACGAAGAGAAGGAAGGCAGUGAACAUGUGUCACUUUUGCGUUCUAGUUUAGCUGGAAAGCUGACUACUGACACAGAAGGAUCGGACGUCGACAUUGAGGCUACUGACAAUAGCAGUUUCGUUCUAGAGAAAAUCGUUGGGCAGUUGCUUGAGCUCGAGUCUCAGAUUGAGAAGGCAACGGACAAUGAAGAAUACGAGUUGGCCGCAAGGCUUGACGCGAAAAUUGAAACUCUGAAGCAGCGACAGGAGACCAUUGAAGCCGUACUAUCACAGGAGGUGACUAAUGGUGUUCAGGAGAAUGAAUCUUUGGGAGAUGAAGAAUCAAAUGGCCGCGAUUACUCUGCUGAUGAAGGCGCUGAAGCUGAUGUGGAGUACGUUCAUGAAGAAAUGGUCAGCCCUGUGAGUGUAUCACGUAGUCGUGAUGAGCUGGCACAGUCUUUGGAAGCAGUUCAAGUGCGAGUUGCGAUGCUUGAAAGACAGAUAGACGUUGCAACUGAGAACAAGGAUUUCGAGAUUGCCGCAAGCUACGAGAAGGAGCUGCAGUCAUUGCGAGAAAGGGAGAAGCGAGUCGGUGCUCAACUUGAGUCUCCCGACGGAAGUCGUAGCGCCACAGCGCCCGUCAUGUUUGGAGGACGCGACCUUAAGACUGACAAGUCUACUUCUAUUGAAGAUGUUGUGAGCGGUGUUUCGUCACGCUUGCCUCAGGAUACAUUAGUUGAUUCCGAGACGAGCGGAUCUCUUUUUGGCGGGCUACAAAUGAGUGGCGGUCCAGGCGCCGCAUCUAAGAGCUCGAUUGAGGUUCCGAUAACAGAAUCGGACUUGGAAGUGGAGGAAAUAGCUCUUGAGUCGGUAGAAGCAGCGUGUCCCGCUAAACCUGAAAUUGUUUUCCCGACAUCUUCCGAGAUGAAGGAUUCUUUCUUCGGGAAGCGUAGCGUAUCAAAUAAUAGCGCCAGUCUGAUUGCACCAUCUACGUCGGGAUCGUUGUUUGGGGCCCUGCAGAUAAGUGGGAGCUAUUCGGUUGACAGAGCCUCUUUACCUUCACUUGAGAAAAAGACAGAAGAGGACAAGGAAGACGCGCAAAGUCCUGACGCACGUGUUACCAAAAAAGUGGAAUUAAGUGCUUCUACUCCAGUCGACAAUGGAUCAAGUGCCGUCGACGUCGGAGCAAGUGCCCGGACGGAGUCUAUUUCUGUUUUAAAGGAAGGCUGUGGUGACAUGUUUGGUGGGCUGCAGUUGAGUAGCAGCGCGGUGGCUGAUACAACAACUGCAGCUGUAGACUCUGACUCGAUGAAUACCCCACAAGGCAUAUUUAACGGCUUAAAGCUGUCCAGUAGUUUAGUUGGCGCUGCUUCAUCAGAACAUUCGUCGUCUGACACUUCCUCCAAUAUGUUCGGUGGGCUGAAGGUAUCCGGCAGUGCAGUUGGCGCCUCUAAUGAAGCUCCGACCGAAGUGUUCGGUGGUCUCGAGCUAAGCAAUAAUGCCAUCGUAGCUGGGGCAGCUGAGACUGACGCGAAUGUGGCGCCAUCUACGGAGGAAACUGACCUUUCUGCAAACGGCGUAGGCAAUACUCGAAUGUCUAUUCACGAGCUGAGAGAGCAGAUCGAGAAUGGCGAUGUGGUCGAGGUUCCUCAGGGCGCUUCAUUCCACUCGGAUGCGCCUGCGGUGACGUCAGCAACUCUGUUGAGCGAGACUACCAGCCCGGAGACAACAGUUGUUUCCUUGCCGACCACCACGAAUGUAACGUUUAACAACGACAAGACUCAAACGGAAACUGAACAGGAGGCGACACGACCAUAG